UUCAUGUUCAUACGCUUGAUAAAUGCACGGUUGCUGAGACUUACGAGAUGGACAAAGCAGAGAGCAAUACUCUUGGAAUAUCAUGGCAUGAUUCUGCGUGGAUACCUCACCUAAACCAAACCAAUGUUCUGGAUUACUUCUCAGAGCGAUCAAAUCCCUUCUACGACCGUACAUGCAAUAAUGAACUCAUCAAAAUGCAGCGUCUCAGCCCUGAUCAGCUAAUAAACAUGGUUGGGACAGAAUAUACACUGCUUCAUGCUCAGGAGCCUAUUUUAUAUGUCAUAAGAAAGCAGCUUCGCCACUCGCCAACACAUGUGACACCACAGACUAAUUAUUACAUCAUUGGAGGCAUCGUCUAUCAGGCACCAGACUUGGCAUCUGUCAUCAAUUCUCGCCUGCUUAACACCAUCACUCAUCUGGAAGCUGCAUUUGAAGAAACCAUGUCCUAUUCAAAGUACCAUCCAUCAAAAGGAUACUGGUGGGCAUUCAAAGACAAGGAGGAGAAAGUAAAAGAAGAAGCAAAGAAAGACAAGAAGAAGAAAAAGGAAGAACCUAGCUCUAUGUUUCAGCGACAGCGAGUAGACUUACUUUUGGAAGAGCUUGCUAAAAAAUACCCCCCACAAUUCAUGCCACCACCACAACCAGAAGUCAAAGAGGAAGUACCUAAAGCAGAACCCAAGGUAGAAAAAGUGGAAAAACCAGAUGACAAAUCUACUGGCAGCAUGAAACCACCUCCAGAGAAAAAACCUAAACUCAGAUGAUAAAUAUCGUUGUAAUAUUUGUGUGUGUGCAUGUGUGUACAAGAGUGAACAAAUGUAUGUUAAAUUGUAUAUUGGCAAAUGUUAUGGCAUAUUUGGAUGCACUUUUUUUCAUGUGUCCUAUAACGUCAGCAUAUAUCCAUUAUAUAAAGAAAAGUAAUGUUGAUCCCAAAAUAAGUUCAUAAAUAGGUCAGUCCCAAGGACUUGAAUAUUCAAAUAAUAUUUAAUAAAUGUUUAUUUGCCAGUCUUAUCAA